AUGAUUGAGACAUAUAGCAUUUGGAACCUUCACGGGAAACAAUUAGACAAUGCUUCGUCUUCAAAUGCCACUUCAAAUGCCACAAGAGUGGACAAUGUUGAACCUAUUGUGGAUCCUAAUGAACAAGUCAUGGACAUUAUAAACGAUGUUUUUCCAUUUGCAUCGACGAACAUCAAUCAGGAAGGGGAAGAUGACGUGCCUACACCAAUGGACCGUGCAGAGUUCGAACAAUAUGAGAAACUGUUAAAAAAUGCCAACCAAGAGUUAUACCCGGGCACAAAGGGUUAUAUGGCAUGCCCUGUAUGCAAGGAAGAUGUAACUUCUAGUUGGCAUGCCGGAAAAGUUUGUUAUCUUGGUCAUCGGAGAUGGUUGCCAAGGAACCACAAAUGGCGGGAAAAAGAUAAAGAGUUCGACGGGAACACAGAGCAUCACCUCAGACCUAGAGAAUGGUCUGGUGAUGACAUCUUGGAACAGCUUAACCGUUUGGAUUUUGCUCCGUUCAGGAAAACAGUUAGUCGGACCAGACCUUCUACACAUAUGAACUGGAUGCACAAGUCUAUGUUCUUGGAGCUCCCAUAUUGGUCGAAACUAAAAUUGAGGCACAAUCUCGACGUUAUGCAUGUUGAGAAAAAUGUGUUUGACACAUUGAUGGGUACGAUUCUAGACAUCGAGGGCAAGACAAAGGACACAAUCAAAGCUCGUCUUGAUUUGGAAAGAAUGGGCAUACGAAGAGAUUUUCUAAAGUUUGCAUCGUCGGUAAAGUUUCCCGAUAGGUAUGCUUCUAAUAUCGCGCGUUGCGUGAAUGUUGACGAGGGUAAAUUUACUGGACUUAAGAGCCAUGACUGCCAUGUGUUUAUGCAACGCUUACUUCCUGUGGGUAUUCGACACCUAUUGCCGGAAGAUGUAGUGAAGCCGAUCAUGUUGUUGUCCAGAUUUUUUUCCCAACUGACGGCAAAAACAUUGCAAAAGACGGACAUGUUUCAGUUGGGCCAUGACAUUGUCCAAGUCCUAUGCAAGUUUGAGAUGAUAUUCCCUCCAGCUUUCUUCACAAGUAUGAUCCACGUGAUGGUUCAUUUGCCAGAAGAGGCAUUACUUGCUGGUCCUGCUGCUCGGAGAGCUGAAAAAAACUGUACGCAACAGGGCAAAGGCCGAAGGCCGAAGGAUUUGGACACGGCUUUCAAUCAUCCUCAGCGCAAUAAUGACGAAGGUGUGAGAAAUGAGAAACUUUCUGUUUUUGCCCAAAGGGCACGACCAUUUGGAGAUCCUGUACAAGGAGAGUCGUUUUCCAUAAAUGACAUGGAGGUCAACAAGUUGAAAUUAUCGAAUUCCCCCACUUACAGUGAAGAGUUAUAUAACUUGGCGUUCGGCCCGAUUCGGCUGAAUUGUUCUCGGGUUGCCAUGUUAACGGCAUCAAGUUUUUGGGGACUGCACGAGAUGACAAGUUGUGUACGCAAAACAGCAGUGUCCAUGUCCCAAGUGGAGGCGAACCAAAACAUAGCAAAACAGAUUGUGUAUCUACAUGACCCUAAAGCCGGGAGCGGUUGGAAAGUUGUUCAGCAGAUGGAUCAGAGGAACGUGUAUGCUAUACCAGAACUAGACCCAACUGAGAACGACGUCCCUGACCAACGUUUGGAGUCUUCCAUGGAAAAUGAUGCAGAAACACUUCGAGAUACAAAUGUUAUACAAGAACCAUUUCAAGUUCAAGGAGUGUCUUCAAUCGAAAUACCGAUUCAGUCAAUUACAAUUGACCUCGGUGAUCUUCCGCGAUACGAUGUUCCAGUGGGCCCGAACUACGAAAGUGAUGAGGAGGAGGAUUGGGAAACUGAAAGUGAUGAUAGCGACGAUAAUGAAGGUUAUUAUAGUUCAGAUAAUGAAUAA